CCUUUUUCUCGCUCUUUAGACACUGAAGGAGACACUCGGCCAAGGCGUUGCCUAUGUUCAUGAAGGGCUUUCCCCCAGUGACCACAGGCUUGUGGAGCAACUGUACGACUCUGGUGCCAUUCAAGUGGCUGUUGUGACGCGCAGUCUGUGUUGGGGAAUAACUAUGGCUGCUCAUCUUGUUAUUGUAAUGGACACACAACUGUACAAUGGAAAGAUUCAUGCUUAUGAGGACUACCCAGUCACUGAUGUGCUACAAAUGAUAGGGUUUGCAAACAGGCCUCAAGAGGAUGAUGAUGCCAAAUGUGUAUUGAUGUGUCAGACAUCAAAGAAAGAUUUCUUUAAGAAAUUCCUGAAUGAGCCCCUUCCAGUUGAGAGCCAUUUGGAUCACAGAUUGCAUGAUCACUUCAAUGCUGAGAUUGUUACCAAAACAAUUGAAAACAAACAAGAUGCUGUAGAUUAUCUAACAUGGACGUUUAUCUAUAGAAGACUCACCCAGAACCCCAAUUAUUACAACCUGCAAGGAGUUUCUCACAGACAUCUAUCAGAUCAUUUAUCAGAACUUGUGGAAAACACUCUUAGUGAUUUGGAACAGUCCAAGUGUAUUAGUGUUGAAGAUGAGAUGGAUUGCUUACCCCUCAACUUAGGAAUGAUUGCUGCUUACUACUAUAUCAAUUAUACAACAAUAGAAUUGUUCAGUUUAUCAUUGAAUAGCAAGACAAAGAUUAGAGGACUCUUGGAAAUUAUAUCUUCAGCCGCCGAGUAUGAAGAUGUCCCUGUUCGUCAUCAUGAGGAUGCAGUUCUUCGCCAGCUGGCCAACCGAUUGCCAAACAAACCCUCUGGCACAGGAGGAAAUCCAGUGCGUUACAAUGAUCCUCAUGUGAAGACCAAUUUAUUGAUUCAAGCUCACCUUAGCCGAAUCCAACUAAGUGCAGAACUGCAAGGAGAUACUGAACUUAUUCUUUCAAGGGUAACAUCUCUCUACUUUCUAAAAAUAAUUUCAUGCUAAAAAUC